AUGCUGGUGAUUCGCGAAUCGGACUUUGAGAGUGCACUGUCUCAGCAAGUUCAAAUCCAGACCUCUGCUGCACCAGCUACGCCACCGGCAGCAACUUCUGAGCAAACAACUAACAGCGUUGUCAUUCGAAUAUCGUCGUUUGAUGCAAAUCGGGUAUGUCUCAGAUAUAGACGCAGCAGGGACUACUCGGGUGUGUCUUACACGAGGAGUUAGAAAGGUUAAAAUUAUACACCGACAGAAAAGAUAGUCACUUUACCAGAAAACAGACCCAAAAACCUGAAGGUUUCCCAAAACCAUUCUUUGUUCACCUAAAAAUAAAAUUUUAUUUAAUAAUUAUGCGUUUAUAAUACAGUUACCUAUACUCGAGAAACGGGGCGGAAUUAGCUUGCCAAGCCACCAAAAUCAAUUCACCUCCAACAAUUAUUUGUAUCUCGAAUAAGCCCGCAAAGUUCUCCAAUUUUAAACGUACAAUCGGCGUUGCACUGAAUUGCAUUUUAUCCAGAUCAAAACAAUUUGUGGAAGACAAAUUACACUCAGGAACGUGGGUGAACUCAAAAGUUUGGGCCGCGCCCCUUACUUUCAGUCCCCCCUUAACGGGGGUCGACGUUUUCUUGCUAAAAUAAAACGCCCAAAAUUUUUUUCCAAACCUUUUUUUAGGAUAAUGGGGGUUAAAAAUACGUUCCGCAAUUCCAGCAUUUCCGGUUUCCCUCUGAGGGAAAUUGGGCCCCCUUCCUGGACUUUUCUUUGGAGGGUGUUACAUCCCCCCCCAGUAUGUUCGGCCCUGAUUAAAUUAAGUAUUAACUUGUUAUCUUCUAUAGUGGACAUACUUAAAUGAUCGUCGCUUAAGGAGUUCUAUUGCCAGUCGGGUUGCUACCUACUGUGGUGGUCACCUUAUGGACUGUCAAAUACAAACAGGGUAAACUAUAGCGUCUAUUAUCUACAACGAAUCGAUUUUACCAAUCAACCGAUCUAAAACAUGUAUAAUAUAAAGAGUAGUGUUGUAAAUAAUAAACCAUGAAUAGAUCCUGCCAUGAUUUUAUCUUCGAACAGUUAUGACAACGGCUAGUUUCACUUCAAUGUGCCCUGUUCAUUUUACCAAUCAAUAAAUGUCCUUUCUCAACGCAACACAUUAUUUAUUGAAUACCUAUACUCAGCCCAACCGGCACAUUAUAGGCUUUAUUUUGUAGGAUUAUCCUACAAAAUAAGGAAUUGCUGUCGAGAUUAUAAUCAAAUUUUCCAAAUAAACAAACCAAAAUUAUAAAUUCACAUGAAAUUUUGUGAGACAUUUUCUUUAUCUUAAUUAAAAACAUGUACACAAUUAAAUUAAAACUUUUAUAUCGGUAUUUAUUGGACAAAGAUCUCUUCUUUACUAGAAGUUGUAUGACCUGUAUACUGUAUAGAGUUGCAUAUUCGCGGAAUAACAAAAGCAGCAGCCGCUAGGUCUAACAGUUGAAAAAUUAAUUAGCCUUUUCUUACGCCAUGUGACCAGGCCUUCUCCACCAUGUUUGGUAGCAAACGGCAACAAGUGAAGGAGUGAUUUAGUCUGGCAAGUAGUACUUAUAAACAAUUCGUGCUUGCAUGGAUGACGUGAGAAAGGCUAAUUAUAUUAUUCCGCAGAUUCUAUGUCUAUAGGAAUUAAUUUCAUUCUCAAUAGGAACAUUGCCUUCUAAAUUAUUUUUUUAAUUUUACAGAGGCACAGCAUCAUUCACUGAAGCUAACGUUCAGCGUACUUCGACAGCAACGCCUUCUGAUGCUGGUGGUAACAGUGUAGAUUACAGUUUCUACGUGAAAUACCCCAGUGGAGAAACUCCAAUAAUUCAGUAUAUCUUAGCUUCAGUUGUCAAGAUUGAGUUAAAUGCAAUGCAGUCUGUAUCAACCCUGUUCUUCUCACUGCAAACAUCGUUCCAACCUCCCCCUCCUACUAUGCCAAAUUCAGAUCAAUCAAAUAACACGAUUGGAAUCAAAAUUCGUAAUCAACAGGCGAAUCAGGUAUUCAGAAUAUAUAAUUCAAUUUUAUUAUUGGUCAAUGUCCGUGCAGGAUAAGACAAUCCUAUUAAUGCACGAAAAAAAUAUUUUAAAGCCCUCGCGCGGGAAUUUUAAAUUGUGGGACAAUGAAAACAUUUUAAGGUGUGAAAUUAGCAGUAAUAUUGAACAGACACAAAUUAACAAAAACGUUAAUAAAGUUAUAAAAUAAAGUUAGCUAAGUUACCCGUUUAACAAGAUAGUGUCAUGCAUGCACAUUGUGAUUUCGGAAAGUAUCGCCACAUCCCGCGUUAAUGGAUGGCGCUAUUCUGCAUGGAAAGACAUUUGGUAUAAUUCCUUUAUGAGUAUUAUAGGAAGAAUAUUAAGCUGUUACGUCAUGGUAAUCGUUAUCCUAGAAAAAGAUAGUAUAGGCCCUAGAUUAAAUGUGGUUUUCAUAUAUGUGGGCUUAUAAAUGGGCUUCACAGUUUUAAUCGAUUUACACAGUGUACUCGUUCUCCGUUCAAGCAAACAAGUAAAGCAAGUUGCAUAAAUAAAAAAAGUACUUUCAAAACAGAUGUUUCAAACCAAAAAGUGAUAUAGACUGAUUCGAUGAGAAUAUGACUUUAUCUGUUGUUGUCCCACAUAAAAUAGGCAUGGAGGGUGGAGACAACUAUUGUUGUAAUUUUGAUUUGCUAAGAAUGAAAAAUUUCACAUGCUAAAAGAUUUCUUUAUUUUCCAGUGGCAUGGAAUUCAAGACAACCAGCUGAGAGUUGUGAUAGCCACACAGAUUGCAAGUUAUUGCACAAGUACUCUAGUCACAUGUGGUGUUACAAGGUACUGUAUACGAAUUCAUGUUUAAUGUUUCGGAUAAUGUUUCGGAAGUAACAAAUUACCAUGCCACUAAUUGCCCCAAGGAUUAAUUAUAAUUCAUUAUACCGUAUAUUAUACCAGUUUGUGCAGUCAAGCGCGACUUGUUUUGAUAAACGCCAGUGUUAUUCCGAACAAAAGUGUGCAUUUUAACAACAUAUCUUUACAUUUCGAAUCAAUUCAUCUUCAGCAGUAUAUUUACAAAAUAUGGCGUAUAAUGCUAGCCUUGUUACCUAAUUAAAGAGAGGAAGAGACUAUAUUUAGACCUCUCCAUGCAAUAUGUAGCACAACGACUUACUUGUCCCCCGGCGUUCUCUAGCUCUUGUUUUCUAAAGAAAAGCUGAUAACGGAUGUCGUGUGGCACACGUGAAUGAAAGUAAUCGCGCGUGGAGAACAGGGGCGCGCGGUGGUUAGACUCAGGCACGACAAAAUUGAAUCUAAUAUUAUCCGAUGUACAUAUUAGUUAUUAAGAUCAUCUAAUUUUGUUCUGUUUAGCGAUCAAGUAUCGUUUGAUUCAUCACAUGUUACUCGGAUUGAAAGCUCUCCCGUACAAGAUGGAGAUAAUGUCACUUAUACCUUUUUCGUUAACUAUCCAUCUGGUAAUGGAGCAAUACAGCGCAAUUUGCUUGCAGGAAUUUUAACCGCUCAAACUGGGGCGAUUGAGACAGCUACGAGGUUGGAUAUAUCAGUGGAAACUUCUAUAUUGGCGGCCACAUCACCUGUAGCUAGUUCAGAUCAAAGUUCCAAAGCAAUUAACGUGUCCGCAACCAAUAUCCAAGCAAAUCAGGUAUAAUUUUUGCUGGCAUGGAAAUGUUUUGGAAUUAUUUCUAGGAAUGAAGUAGCUGACUUUUUGUUGAAUUGAUAGAGAUAAAAAAACCAGAUAUAGUGUGACAGUGCAGUGACGUGGAGCAUUUGCAAAAUGCACCACAAAUACUAACGCCCGUAUGAGUGGAAGCUCAAUCUGAGGUUCCUUUGAGUGUAAUUGUUGUUUUUGAACAGCUGGAGGAUUAGUGUAGUACGUUACUAUGUCACUACUCACAAUAAAACCCAGCAUUGACACUUUAAGAGAAGCUCUGAUUGAGCCUCCACUCAUUGAGUGUGAGUGUGAGUGUGAGUUAGCUUUUAGAAUACAGGCGUAGGACAUGAUAUUUUUGAAUUAAUAUCAAAGCUUUUGUUUUGUAUUGUCGUAACUCACUGCGAUGCAUUCCUGCUAUUGAUAUCAACUAAAAUUGUAGAGCUCAUUAGCUUGGUUCAAUUACCAGUAUAAACCUUACUUAGAUUAUGCAUGAUUGAAUAGAUUGAUCAUCUAUGUGUACCUCAAAACCUCUGCUGAAAACAUAUUCAUAAUUUUUUUUCAAUUUCAGUGGUCAGCUGUUCAAGAUAAUAAGUUCCGAGGAUAUGUUGCCCAGGCAAUUGCCGAGUAUUGUCGAGAGAGUGUAUCACAAACUCACGAGUGUGAACUUCCAACGUAUGUUCUUCUAUUUUGUGCUAUUAUAUGUGCAGUUCAAUCUGCAGAAUGCUUGUAGGCACUGCGUUAAGAUGAGCGACUAAUUGGUGUGCGUGUAUGCCAUGCCCUCACGAAAAGCUAUUGAAAUGCGAUACACCAAAUCAACGAUACAGAUAACUGGGACUUGGGACCUAGCACUGCGCAUAAUUUAUGCAAUUUAUCGCAUUUAAACGUUAUAGGAAAUAAUUAGCAAUAAUAACAUGCAUUGGUGUAUAAUUGACGAAUUCGAAUUAUCGCAAAAUGACAAAAGGAUAAAAAUCAAUGACAAUACGUAAACGAAAUAUGAACACGCAACAGCUAGUUAAAAGACGUUUACCUCGGUAUAUGCACGUUCCUGGUUCGGGUUUCGCUGUACUGCAUUUUAGCAUAGUAUAUAGCCCUUACCAAACGCAUGUUGCGCAACAUUUUUGACGUGUACGCAUGCAUGGAGAGAUGCGUGGUAGAUUAAAUCUGAUCAUAGGAACUCCAAGUUUUGACGUUUCGAGCAACGGGCUUUGAAAGUUGCUCAAAAGAUAAUUGAAUAUAUCAUUUCAGAAAUCAAGCAUCAUUUACGACCUCCCACGUGCAACUAGUGCCAGGUUCUCCCAUUCAAGAUGGCGGUGACGUGAACAUACAAUUCUAUGUUGAUUAUCCUGGUGGUGGAACUAUGUCUCAGGCAAUUCUUCUCUUAAUUAUAAAUCAAAAACAGGCUUCCAUUGCAACAAAUACAGGAUUGCAACUCACGCUGGACACGACAAUUGUAAUUCCAAUAGGACUACCACCGAACAAUACUGAUAGCGCUAUCAUUGUUAUAUUGAAAAAUUUCCAAGCAGAUCAGGUUUGUUUUUUCAAGUCCUAUUAAUUACAAGGACAUCGCCAGAAACUGGCAAAAUCGUCCGAUUAGGCUGUUUCAUCAUGCGUAGUCUAUUCUUGUUUAAAUUAGUUUAUGCCCUAGGCCUGAGACCGCGAGUUAAUUACUACAUUAUUUAAAAAUUUACCCAAUGGACUUCGGAUUACAUUGAUCUGAUCAUGCAUAACAAUUGGCUGAAGUAAACGAACACUUAAAUGCCGGUUAAAAUUCGAUUUAUAUAGUUACAUGUGUAGAUUGUACUAAUUUUAUAUUUGCGACUCCUCAGUUGGCGACCGCGCGCCCGAAAUGAAGGGUAAUUAUUGUGAAGUUUUUGCUAAUGUAAUUUAUUUCAGUACAGCGCGAUUAUUAUGAUUUAAAACAGCAUUAUAGAAAGUACACGCUGUGUACUUUAAAUUUUACAUGGAUUUAUCCCCAAUUUAAAAUUUGCAUCAUAAGUAAUAUUUCAAAUCCGAGUUAGUGUUUUAGACGUGGUUUCUAAAUACAAGUGCCAUGAACAAUGGGGAGGCUCAUGCUUCUCACACAUCAUUAGACUUUCAUAGCAAUGAGGCAUGAAAUUAUUAGAUAUUCAAAAAAGUGAGCGUGGGACAUUAACGAAUACAUUCGCUAUUUCGCUUGAAAGUUUGCAUGAAGGUUAACGAAGCAUUCAGUUCGCUUUCGUCGUGAAUAAAUGAAUUUUGUUGGGAAAAGAGCAUGGUAUCUUCUUAUAAUAUAAGAAAAAGCGGUUUCGAGAACCAGAAAGUGUUUAGUACAGCAUUGAAAUGCAAGGAAAGCCACUCGCUGACAAGGGUGGAGAUCCGAAAAAACGAUAUAUCAGAUUGUGUGCGAUAAGGCGCUAUCUGGUGGAAAAUAGAAGAGCCGAAGUGAAUAUAUUAGACGGUAAAUAUUACUGGUAAGUUGCUGUAUUAUUGCUGUAGUGUUUAAAGCGCUGUUUACUAUCGAUAGUUGGUAAAAAAUCGUAAUUUUCCUUUUCGUAUAUUUAUGUAGUUUUUAAAGCGGCAGUGUCACCCGCUGUGCAUCCGUUCUGCGCAUAACAAACCGAUUUUCGGAAUAUGUCGGAAAAGGUCGGAAUCACAACAUUCCGACUAUAAAAAUGUGCAUAUUUUCACAUUUUCAGCGGCGGAAAAGACCAAAUAAUUGCUUCAUUUCAUACAGGUUAACAAUUAUAGUUGUAAAAGUUCAUGUGCCACCAAAAGAAACGAGAACAGUAACCGAGGUUGCCCGCGUAAGGCAAAUAUUAAAGAACGUUGUGUAUUCUGCCAGCUGCAAGUGUGGAGAACUCGCAAAAUUCCUCAGUCUCCUUGCAAAAAUAGGGUACGUGUGCGAAUCAAAUGUACUUGACGGUAUCUUUUACUGUAUUUGUGUUUGCAUAUUAUACCACAUUAUAUUCACUGUUUAUCCUACUUUGUAGAGAACGUUUGCGAAAGUACCAUGUAUUUCCGUGGCCUGACACAGCGUGCAACUGUCAACACUGAGCAAAUGAUGAUAUUAAUACUGUAAGGUUUGUGAAUUUCUAAUACAUCUUAUUAAAUUGUUUAAAACGUUUUUAAAACGAGGUACUGUAUAUUAAACAUGUUUGAAGAUGCGGUGCAGUCCGUAUGUAAACAAAGGCUUUGUUUACAUUUCAGUAUCCAAAAUACUGAAUUUUAUUGGACGACUAUUUAUAUUUUCAUGAUUCUGGAGUAUAAUAAAUUAUCAAGACACAACGAUCAAGCUUUGCAGGAAUAUAAAAUGAAAUAAAAACCUAAAUAAACUGUUUGUAUAAUGAAAAGAGGCCUCCUGUGAGCACAUGCACAGAUCUGAUUGUACUGCAUAUAUGUAUAUAAGUUUUCAUUUUAUCCAAGAACAAUCGUUACCUGGAAUCACAUCCCAUUUAACAAUCUUUGCCAAUCAACCCCAAGUUUCAAAACACUUGCCAUGCCUUCAAUUAAGUUACUUAAUGUAGCUAAUUAGUAUCGUUUUGAAUCGUUUGUAUUGUACUAUAUGUUCGUUUUGUAGUCUUAGAGUUGUUGUCGUUGUUGUUAUUGUCGUUUGUCGCUUUUGCCAUUGUUGUUGUUAAUAACAUAUAACAACAUCAUUCUAUAAUCACCGCCUAAUAUAUGUGUCAUACAGUGAUUAUGAAGACUAAUUUCUUGUAAAUAAAUAUAAAUAUUAUCUAGUUUUUCAGUCCUCCUAGUGUAGUAUAAUACUGUUUUAGGAGUAUUUCAUUAAAGCAUUAAAGCACUGCAUCUUUACUUAAGUUGAAUACUUUGGUUGAAACUGUUGAAUGGUGAUACCAGGGGCAAAACUAGCCCUUUUAAUUUGGGGGGGGGGGUCUGCUAGAAUUGCCCUGCCAAUCCAGAUGAUUUGCCCUGCCAAUCCAGAUGAUUUGAACUUGGGGGGGGGGAUACCCCCCCCCCCUUUAAAGUUGCGUCCCUAGGUGAUACAGUAUAAAGUCUAAUUGGGAAGUGAUGGCACAGACUGAAAUUUGAAACGGGAAAUAAUUUGGCAAAGGCAGAUUGCCAACCUGUCAGGACAUCAUGUCAGGGCGGCAGAUUAACAUGCUGUAGAUCUGUUUGCCGAUGGCAAAUUGUUGCUGAUCUGAUUUUUCCUAUUUCAGAUGGCCUGAAUAUUAGCCAAAUGACACAUAAUUAUAUAUUUAUAUAAGUGAUAUAUCCCAACAUUUUGUAUAAUAGCUAUUUAGUAAAAAAAACUAACGAACCCCUUAACCUUAAGCUAAUUGCAAUGCAUAUGGGGCUUGUGCAUGUGAACAGUGUAUCAGGCGAUUUCUUUGUUCUUACCAAAAGCUUUGCUUUGAGACCAAAGCGAGGCUUUGUGAUGGAAACAAUAGCAUGACGUCAACCUAUACAAGACCAAUUAUCUUGCUUUGAUGCUAGAAAUUGUUAAAGCUGUUGGAUGGUCAUUUCAUUAUUUUAUUAUAAAAUACAUUGUUAAAUUCACAGGCAUUUAUUCAUACACUGGAUGAAGACACAGUGAGAAAACUGGCAAUUAGAAGCCUAAGAAGAGGAAUAAGGAGUACGGAUUAUGUUCACACAUGGGCUCGGCAUGGAUAUUUGGGCAAAGGGAAUCGCAGUGUUUGCCCCUCUUGUGUAGUCUUCAAAAUAAGACUUUUGACUGGAGUUUAUAUAUGUGUUACAGAGAACGAUGAUAUUCAUGAACCUUUGGUAAACUUUCUAAAGCAAAGGGAAUUUGAUUUUAAUCAUUUAUAUUCUAAUUUAUGUAUGUAUAUGGUAAAUAAUAAGGAUUUUUUAUAUAAUAUACAUUAGAAAUUGCAUAAAUUUUGUACAAAAUUGGAAUGUGCCACUGUUACAUCAGUUAUUGCAAAAAUCAGUGUUUUCGUUUUGGCAUGUCCUUUGUUGCUGGUGGUGAUAUAUGUGCAACAAUGGGGAGCAAUGUGGCCUGCGUCGCUUGCAUUUAAGGAAACAUGGUGGGUAAUAUGGCCAUCAUCAUGCAGUCGAUCCGUUGCUCGUUGGAUAACCUUUUAAAUGAGAACUGGAAUGCACUCGAAUCCAUUUUCAACUUUCACAUUUCUCACAUCCCACUGCCUGGUCCUUCUGUUGUUGGAAAGGCUCAUGACUUUGCAGUUGUACAGGUGACUCAACAUGAGAAAGGGUUUUGUCAUCUGACCUUUAUUUUUAAUGGUGUAGAUGUUUGGGGUUCUGAAAGCAGGAAAUAUGAAAUAUUAUACAGCACUAAUACCUGUGGUCAAUGCUGUAAAUUAUAUACAGUAAAUAUAAACCAAUUCUUUUUAUAAUUUUUUAUACAAUUUUUCUUUGUCUAUAUACCUUGCAAAAUCGUAUUUUAAAACUGAAUAUUAAUAUUACUCCCAUUAUAAAGCACAUCCUAUAUAAAAGUGAAUGUCAUCUUCAUACCUUGGCUGAUGUUUGCUUGUUAUUCAAACCAUAUGAGACUCAUUGUGUUGUACUUCCGUUGUCAAGACAGGACUCAGUUGCCACCAGAAUCGAUGUGUUUGAAUUUCGUCGGUGUUUGGCAGUAUUUUUGCAGACACUGAUUCCCCUAAAUACCCAAGCAAAAUAAAUUGCAGAUUAGUUUCGUUUACUCUUCAAAAUAUAUUGAAAAUCAUAUUGUAAACCCACCUGCGGCGAAAUUCCAAUGACAACAGAUGUGCAGCAAAGUUAGUGUCACUUGAAUGUUCAUAUCCAGCCCUUAUUUUGGCCUCUUGCCACGUACUUUAAUAGAUCCUUCUGUGCUCUUUCUCCUAUAAAUUUCUGUACUCGUUUCGGCUCGAAAACACCUUUUUUCGACCAGCGUUUUUCCUUGAAUCCCUGUGCAUGACGCCCUGGGCAGACGCCAUAUUGAAAUUCGAUACACUUGAAAAAGUUGGGUGAACUUUUUCAAGUUGAUCUAUGCGCAGAACGGAUGCGCAGCGGGUGACCUUGCCGCUUUAAGCGUUCAGAAAAAGUGUUAGAUGUAAGGUGUAAAAUUUCUAAAUUACAGCUUACUGUAUUUAGAAAUAAUUCUAAACAUAGCAACUAAAAUAUUUGCAUAAUCGUUUGAUUACCCCUCAAUUUCCCUAUUGUUCAAAGCCCUUCCCACUUGAAGUAAUUAAAGUCCAGGCCUAGACGGGGCAUCCAGAUAGAUUCACGUGAUGUAAAUUACACCAUGUCAUUGGCCGAAAUGCUAUGCAUAUCUAAUGAUGUGUGAGAACGAACAUUCCUUGAUUUGAUCAUUUCUAAAUUUCUUCCAAAUAUAUAAUUUCAUUUUUGCAAGAUUUUGUAAAUUUCAAAAGCUUUUUGAGGAAAAAAAAGGCGAGAGAAUUGCUUAAAGAAGGGAGCAAAGGCGCUGACUUUAACGAAGGUAAGUUUGUUUUAAAUUUUGAUGUAUUGUUUGCUUUAUAAUUGCUUUAAAAGCUGAUCGUUGGCGUUGCGUAUAUUUUUAAAUGAAAACUGAGAAGACAGCAUAUAAUUUCAGUGUUUCUUUAUAAAUUAUUGAUUAUUCUUUUUUAUAAAAUUAAAAUGUUUAAAUAAAAAAGAAAGCAAAGUUAUUUGCAUGCAAGAACUUGAAAUCGUUUUAUUUCAAAUUCAAAGUUUAUCGAUUCAGUAGUAAAGCAGUUUUAUAAAGAACAUUUUAAAACGUUUUACGAAGCGUUUGUGACUUGAAUUUUACCAUAAAUUGAAGGUUAUAUUAUUAUAUUACAUACAAUAACAAUCCUAACAUAUAUAUGUUUGGGAAAUUGAUAAUUUUGUGAUUAAAAGUGAUAUUUUUAGGGGAUUUUUCAUUUGUAAAAUUAUUCUUAAUAAAUUUACCGUGUUACCAUGACAACUACUUUAAAUACUUCGUGUUCGGAAAAUACAAUGGCUUUGUCAGCAAGGUUAGGGUUUCUGCAUGCAUGUAUUUUCUAGUUAAGUUCAACUAUUUCCUGAUUUGUUAUUUAUGUAGUGGUCUCCCCGAGAUGCAGUGUUUCGGCAGAACAUGGCAGAGGAAAUCAGUGCAUUCUGUAACAUGUCAACGUACCAUCGUGAUAUCUGCAACAUUUCGGAGUAAGUCAUGCAUUCGAAAUUCAAGCACCAUAUGAUUGUAAAAAGCAUGAUCGUAUUGCAUGGUAUAUAGAUGGUAGUCUAUGGCAUAGAUUGCUCCAAGUCCCGCUCGAGAUGGCUUAAUUUUUUAUAUGUAUGGUUUAUCUAUAGUCUCUUACAAUUAAGAGACCAGUUUAUAAUUUGGAAAUGUAACUGUUCUCACACGAGAUUUGGAGCAAGUCCAAGGCCAGCAAGGUAGCAUAAUGCCGCCCGGCUACCGCCAUUCUGGAUUUCUUUAACAAACUACAGUACAACAGGGAAGAUUCGCUAUAUUAUUUUAAAUUAAUUACACUAUUUUUAAAUUAUACUUAGAGAUCUGUGACAAUGACAUCUUCAGCAAAUUUCCUAUCAAAACGUUUGCUGAGCACAUAUAGGGACAUUUCCUAAUAAGCAUAUUAUACCAGACAAAUCAAUCAGACAGUUGACUUUGGCCCCAAGUGCAGUUUAUUCGUAGAUUAAACAUUGAUCAUGCAUGUGCAUUUCGUCUUUAGCGCUGACGUGAAUGGUUUUACCUCUGAUCACAUUCGAAGACUUCCGAACUCACCCACGCAAAAUGGAACCGAUUCUAUUCUAUCAUUUUACGCAGUUUUACCAAGUGGUAGUGGUUCAUUACCUAGCACUAUCUUAGCAACCAUAUUUACGUCACAACAAGACAAGAUUUUCUCCGUGAACAGCGAACUUGAAGAUCCAGCAGAUAGUAUAUCAACUCCAGCUCUUACUCCUACCCAAACUCAAAAUAGAGUGGCAAUAACAAUUUUCAACCUCAAAUCUGGAAAGGUGAGUGGGAAACAUAUCUAAAGCGAUGCAAAUUUAGCCAGCUGACCAUUGACUUUCCUUCUUUUCGAGUUGUCAUGUUGAAUUAGUAUAACUAUUUUAAGAUUACACUGCCUGAGGUUGUUUGUUCAGGUUACGUGAAAGCAUUCGUUUAGCUAGGAUGUUUGCAAAUUAAUCCAGAUUAAUAUGAUUUUCUUACACAUUAUUUAUCGCCUAUAAUAUGUUUAUGCGUACGUUUUUUAAAAGAAUAUUAAAAACAAACUAACACAAAAGUGAAGAUCUGUAUUAAUAUACAGUCAAGUUUUACUGGAAAGCUAUAUUUUGUGAUAAUUGACAAGUUUCUUACAAGCCUAUAAUUAGACCUAAGGCUAAAAAAUAAGCACGUGUUUGAAGGUGCACAUGCAUGAAUUUCUAUAUAGCUCUGACUGAACUGGAAUCAAUUGCCGGUUUUGAUCGUACACACUAUCAAUAUAACAAUAUUGGUGUUAUUAUCGAUCUGUAGCUUAUCUAUUUGGUGACUGUAUGAUUUAAUCAAUCUAAAAUGAUUGUCAUGAUUUCGAUAGUGAAUAUACUUAGUAAUAAAUAAUUCUCGACAUAGGAAGAAUGAGCUGCAACAUUGACUGGGAAUUUUGGUCAAUUUUUGUUUUAACAUUUUGCCUUCAAUUAUUUUCCAGGUUAAUACGUUGGUAGUUGUCGAUAUUAGAGUAACUGUAGCUGCGAAGAUGAACCUUUUCUGCUUCAGUACACCUGGUGAUGUAUGCGGCCUUACAGUCAUUGA